AUGGCGUCGGCCGGCGUGCGCGUCAGCGAGCUGGGCCGCCGUAAGCGGGACGAGCUGCGUGCACGCCAGCAGCAGCGCGGCCCGGCGCCGCUCGCCAGCCUGGAGGACAUCAGCGUCGACCGCAGCGUCGACCACAGCCUGGACAUGGAGGAGAGCGAGCGGCGGCCCGGCUGGCACCAGCUGGCGCUGCCCUCGCCGCGCAUCCAGGUCAGCAAGGCCAGCAGCUCGGGCAGCGACGGCAGCGGCGCCACUUCGCCCGAGACCGACCUGCUGCGCACCGGCUUCCAGGAGGGCGCCGCAGAGCUUCUCGGCGCCACGGAUGAGCUGGGCACGCCGCAGCUGGCGCCGCGCAAGGACUCGGUCUCAUCGGCCGGGAGUGAGCUCAUCCUGCCGGCGAGCGGUCGCAGCAGCCGGCUCUCCUCCUUCUGCUCGACGGCGUCCGGGCGUCGCUCCGUCUCGCCGUACCGCACCAUGCUGGAGACGUCGUUCUGCGGCAGCCGGCCGCUGCGGCGCGCCUGCCCCUCGCCGACGGUGGAGAGGCGCGCUCGCCCCUCGCCGAUGGCGGAGAAGCGCGCCUGCCCCUCGCCGAUGGUGGAGCGGAGCGCCUGCCCCUCGCCGCCGGUGGAGAGGCGCGCCUGCACGUUGCCGCCGCACCAGGCGCCGCCGCCGGCCGCCGGCCGUAAAAGCUCGCUCGUCCAGAUACACCGGCGCGAUGAGUCGCUCAGUCCGGCCAAGACGCCUGAUUCGCCGUCGCCUCGGCGCAAGUCGUCCUUCAGCCGCCUGCUGCGCGAGGCGCGCAGUGAGCUGCGCGAACGCAGUCGCUCGCGCAGCAAGUCGAAGGAGCACGACAGGGAGGACGGUAAGGGAUCUAUCCUCAGUCUAUUCAAGCGGAAGAAGGAUCAAGCGCCGCGGAAGUCCGAUGCAGGCUGUGAACGAACGCCCACGCGGUCACCGUCUUUGGAGAACCGACUCGAAGAGAACAUCAACAAGGUAGAGUUCAAGUUCUACGACGGCGAUUCGCCCGCUCCGACCGCACCUCACUGCAACAGCGUCUCGCCUGCCGUGGAGGCGAAAGAAAGGAAAGGACCGGACGCGCCGGUGGUGAAGGGCUACGGCGACGUCAUGAAAGAGCUCAACUCAACGCUGCACCAGCGGACGCCGCGGUCGGCCGGCGACGCGCCGCCGCCGGCACUGCCUGUGAAAUCGCCGUCUCGCCAGCGCCACCAGUUCGGCGCCUCGUCUGUCGAGCACGACCUGCCGCGGCCGGCGCCAGCGCAGCCGGAGCACAGGGUGCCGCCACAGGGCGGAGCUGGCACGGUCGCCACCGAGACGAGGCAGGCGACGGCGCACCAAAGCGACGCGGACGCUGAGGCGCGUUCAGUGCGCUCGUCCGGCUCGGACAAGGAGUCGUCGGCGGCCGAGCCGGCGGCGGCGGCCGGCCCGGACGUGGAGGCGGCGCAGCUUUUCCAGGCCGACUCAGACGAGGAUGAGCUGCCGUACGUGCCGACCACGCUGCCGCAGGAGCGGCCGUUGCAGCAGCCCAUCGUGCCGGUGGAGCAGCGCGGCCAGGCGAUGCGCUGCACGGCAGGCCUGCAGCGGCCGCACGCGACCCGCGAGUUCACGCCCGCCGACAUCGGCCAGUUCGUUAGCGACACAACUGACAGGCGCCACGCCGCCCGCCCCGCGCGUGCGCAUCCUCAUCCCGCAGGACAGCCUCAAGUUGAUCCGCACGCCCAAGCGCAUGGUCGUGAAGAGUUGGUCGCAGUUCGCGCACGAGGGCCUGCAGAGCCCGCGGCUGCGGCGUCAGGCGCACGCCGGAGACACGCUGACGGAGACCACCGACUCGGGAGAGAGUCCGCGCGUGAGCGCGCUUCGCUCCGCGCCUUCGCUGGUGGAGGAGGAGGAAGCGUCGCCGCCGGCCGCCAGCCCGGCGGCAGCGCCCAGCUCAUGGGUCCGCGUGGCCGAGCUCUGGCGGCCAGCACCAGCUGCGGGCAGCUGUCGCGCUCGCCGGUGGAGCUGCGUCAGAUGGAGCUGCGCCGCGAGGAGAUCGAGACGCGACUGAGCGGCGCCGGCUGCGCGCUGCUGCACCAGCAGACCACCGUGCUGGCCGACACGCUCGAGGAUGCCACUCUCAGCUACCUCCGCGCCGUGGAGCAGAACCGGCCGUCGCGCUCGCCGUCGCCGCACAAGAUGCUGAUCGAGACGUCGUUCUGCGGCCGGGCGCCGCUGCAGCCGCCCGGCUCGUUCGAAAUGGAUGACCUGGUGGACAUCUCGCAGCUGCCCAGCGAGACGGGCUCUCUGCACACGGACACGGACAGCAGCGGCCGCCAGAGCCAGGACGGAUGCGUCUGUCGCUGCCACAGCGACGCUGAGGAGCAGGAGCAGGAGCAGGAGCCGGUCGAGCGCGAGCGGGGUCAGGAGCUGCAGGAGAGGCUUUCCAACGGCAGGGAAGAAGGAUAG